UUUAAAACACUAAAGAAGAUGAAUUUGAGGAAGCACAUGUUUAGAACGGGCAGAUAUGUCGUUGUUGGUAAUUGUUUGGGCUAUUUAGUCAUCGAAUAACGCAACAUAACACUGAACAAAAUUGACGUUUUGUUUUCCUCGUUGACCGGGUGUUGUGUUGAUUUCUUCCACAAUGGUUCGUGCAAUAAGGCGUAAAAAGAUCCAGAGGCCAAAAAAAGUGCAAGAGUAUGACGAAGAUGACCCAGAAGGAUACAAAAACGUGCCCGUCCCAGAUCAAAAUUCCAAGGACCAAAUUGAUGAGUUUCACGAUAAGAAGAUUGAGAAACUGUUAGCCAGUGGAGUUCAGUUGCAGAGCGAUGACGAGGACCUGGACGAGGAGGAGGAAGUUAUGGCCUUGGAUGAUUCCGAGACGGACGACGACGACGAAGAAGAUGAGCAGGAGGAGAGUGAGGAGGACGAAGGCACCGACAUGGAGAGCGAUCUGGAGGGGAAGAAAGAGGAAGAGCUUCCCAAUGAACUAGCAUGGGGCACCAAGAAAAAGAUGUUCUACGACUCUGACUACGUGGCUACAAAGGGAAAGUCGCACGAGGAGUUGCAGGCGGAGGAAGAAGAGGAGGAGGAAGAAGCCAAGAAAAUCCAAAAGCGUAUGGCAGAACAUCUCAGCGAGGAGGAUUACGACUUGAACUUUUUCCAGGAGUUUGCCACAGAGGAGAAGACAGUUGUGGAAAAGGUGAAGAUUGUCAAGGACUUGAAGGAGAUGUCCCAAAAGGAGAAAAUGAAACUGCUCAAGAAGGAGUCGCCCGAGUUGCUCGAACUCAUCCAGGACUUCAAGGCCAAGCUUACAGAAAUGAAGGACCAGCUGCAGCCACUUGUGCAGAUGGUCAAAGAUGGAAAGAUCCCACCGGGAAAGGGUGCCAACUACCUGAAGACAAAACAGCAGCUUUACCUCAAUUACUGUACGAACAUCAGUUUCUACUUGGUGCUCAAAGCCAAACGGAUCCCCGCCCACAACCACCCGGUCAUCGAACGACUGCUCACCUACAGAAAUCUCAUCAAUGACCUGAGCUCAGUUGACGCCCGCCUGGCGCCACAGUACAGGAAGCUGCUGGCUGCUCGGGAGGAAGACGAGAUUGCCAGGAAACCAGCGGCAGCGAAGAAAGCUGCAGUUUCCCCCCAAAAACACAAGGAUUCUUUCAAAGAGCCACCAGAGAUGGCAGACGCCUCAGAUUCAGACCUUGACGAGGAGGCGGCGUUGAGAUUCUACAGAGAAGUGGAGCAAAGGAUGAAGAGGAAGAGGAAGAGCAAACCGCAAAAAGAUGAAGAGAUGACUCAAGAUGUGGAUGAGGGGGAUCAGUUGGAGCCAGAGGCUAAAAGAGGCAUCACGUAUCAGAUGGCCAAGAACAGGGGGCUCACUCCCAAGAGGAAGAAAAUUGACCGCAACCCUCGAGUCAAGCACCGCGAGAAGUUCCGGCGGGCUAAGAUCCGCAGAAAAGGCCAGGUCCGUGAGGUUCGGCGCGAGGAAACGAGGUACAGCGGAGAACUGUCCGGUAUUCGCGCUGGAGUCAAGAAAAGUAUCAAACUCAAGUAACAGGGGAACGCCUCAUGGCUUUGUCUGGUGGAAUGUGCUUGCCGGUUUCAAAAAUGGUAGUGUUAUUUGGCUAUCAUGGAUACAUAAUAUAGGUAAAUAAAACAUUUUAACAAUUUUU